CGACCGUCCAAGUUUUGAUGUAGUUGAGGAAGGAGGGCACGUCUGGGGCGGUGACGUAUGGCGCUUGUGCGUAUAUGCUGUUGAGUCCCCGCAGGAGGAAGUUGUGCACGAAGACCAUAUUGCGCGCGACAUUUUCGACGAUUGAUUCCUGUGCGCGAGGGUCGUCGAUAGUCGUUGGUCGCGACGGGAGGUCGAUGAGCGCAUAUGGCGUUUCGAACCAUUUCGUGGGCGGCGACAUGGAAGUGCAGAAGAUGCGGGAUUAUUCUGUAACAUUGCAACAUUCGAGGAGCUAUUUGAACGGAUUGCGUGCAGAAAGAUUCAGGGCUUGACUGCGCAUGCAUUGAUAUCCCAUCGCGACUACGGAGCGGGACGUCCUGUGCGCUGUUCAUCCGUGCAUCCGCUCAUCCGGGUGCGGAGUGAAUGCUUGAGAGCAAAUGCUUGGCAGCUGAUCCAAAGUCAGCUUCAGUGGAUAACAAGAAACCCGGUUUCUGUACGCUGAUGGCAUCGCUGUGACGUUCUCGCUAUCCGUAUUGCGGAGUGGAGGCCAGGAUGUCGAUAGCGGAAGUACGCUCGAAAAAGGAUGGAGGACCGUAGCCCGCACCGUUUGUGGGGAAUGCGAUGCGUGACGAACUGUCCCGUACCGGUACGCGAUAGAAACAUGCAAGAUUGGCAACGCGUCAAGUCACACAGCGGUCACGUCUGGCACAGCACCGCCAUUCAGCAUACGCCCGUGUCGAUUAAUGCAAACCCGCCUUUGCUUCAUAUGUACAGUGGCUGAUUUCCUCAGCCUUCAAGUUUGCGGCCAAUUGAAGCAUCAUGUGGGUUGUGCGAAUGCACAUGGGAGUUUGAGAGACUGUCUAGCCCUCCCCGGGCCAAAUAUCAGGGUUCCACAGACUAAAGAUGCGUCCUCGAAGGAAUGUUUGGCUUCAAUUUAACCAAGCCGACUGAGACGCAAACACGUGUUAGAUGGCCGAGCUUGCUCAUCCGAGUCUCCGCCUCUUUGCUCGGUGUAUUCGUCGAUUGAGCGGCCAAAUCUUGAUUCUCUGGGAACACGAAAACAACCUAUACUGGCCAGCUACUCGCUUCAGACUACCGUUUGUGGUAUACAAGCGGCACGCCGUCCAAUUCAAAGCCCAGGACAGCGCCAAAACCGUGCGCAGGGCCCAAAGCUGGAUGGAGACUACGAACUCCGAUUCUAACCCGACCUGUGGAAAUGAGCGAGAUUUGCGGAGAUUGAGUGCGAAAUGUGUGGGAUCUUGGCGGGGAAUAUCUACUUACCAUCGGCCCCAACACAGACCCUGCUUCUUCCUUCUCUCCACUGGCUAGUUUGCCGCACGGUCUACAACCAUGCUUGCCUCGCUUUUUGCCCUGGCUACGUUCUUCAACGUCGCUCUGGGUCAAACUGAAUUGAUCAUCAACACGCCUUUUCCUACGCCCACCGUUUGUCAGCCGUCUUUGCUGACAUGGGGUGGAGGAAUAGCUCCGUAUUUCAUCAGACUCGUGAAAACCGAUGAUCAGACCGUCCUCGUUAAUUUCGGGCAGCUCGUCAACACAUCUUUAACCUGGAAAGUACUAGAACCUGCCGGGACGGCGUGUCAGCUUCUCAUCAAGGACAGUACCGGCUCGAAUCAAGCUUCUGGCCCAUUCGACAUCGCAGCCGGCGACGCGUCGUGCUUAGCGAGCUCUAGUAGCGCGUCGUCCAAAUCUACCGUCUCCGGUUCUCAUCCCACUUCCUCGCAGUCACAUUCAAAGAAGAGUGCCAGCACUUCAACGACUAAAACCAGCACUCUGACCAAGACAAGCAUGGCCGUGACCUCCAGCACCUUCAUCCAGCCGUUGACGACGACGACCAGCACAAGCAUCAGCCUGUCUCAGACAGGUUCUUCCACCUCGGGUGUCUCCACUUCUCCUCCGGCAUCUCGGUCGUUCUCCCUGCCCGCCCCGUCGUCCACUGGUGCUGCCAGUCGGAAUGUCAUACCUGCUGCGGGCAUCUUUAUCGUCAUCAGCGCCGCUGUCGCGGCCUCGGUUUAGUCGUUGCUACUGAGUACUCGAGAACGCAUAUAUACCAGUUUCCACGUAGCCAGUCCUGUGUCCCUAGGCUCCAAUGCAGGGAGUAAACGCGAGCCAGAAGCCA